CGACCGCCAACAUUAACCAGCCGGAAGACCUAAAGGUUUUAGGGACCCGCCACGCUAUCAAGCGAUACCUUUGAGCCUUUUAGAGUUUUCCAUGAAAGAAGAAUUCGUAUACAGAUACAGAUACAUAGUCUCAUGCAGAGGGAGCUAGUUGAAAUGUCUCGAACAUUGUCGUCUGCCGCACGGCAGCCUCCACCGGAGAAAGAGGACGACCCGGUAACGGUGCUUGUUACUGGCUUUAGGCCCUUUCUCCAAAAAUUCCCCAAAAACACCUCCUGGGAAAUCGCCUCCACCCUACCCGCCCUCCUUCCCUCCUCUCCCUCCUCUCCAACUCCCAUCCACAUCCACGUGCACCACGAACCCGUGCGCGUCACCUACUCGCACGUCGUGUCCUUCAUCCCGCAGCUCCUGGCCCCCGCAAACUCAAUAACCCCGCGGCCCGACAUCAUUCUGCACAUCGGUCUCGCUGCCGAUCAAAGUUUCUACACGCUAGAGAAGGGUGCGCAGGGGAGGGGGUAUGGUGCGAUUCCGGAUGUCGAUGGCGGACGAUUUGGAGAUGAGAGGAUGGAGGAAAUGUUCCCGAAGGGAAUGUUUCCGCAGGUGUUGGAGACGAGUUUGGAUGUCGAGGAUGUGUUGAGGCGGUGGAGGAGAGGGGUGGGAUAUGAGAAUCCAGAUGAGGAAAUCGGAGUGCAAGAUGAGAAAACGAAGACGCCUGACGUGCGCAAUUCCCCCGAUGCCGGGAAUUUCAUGUGUGGAUUUACCUACUACAAUUCCCUGGCGCAUUAUUUCUCAAUCAAGAAGGACGAAAGACCAGUUGUAUUUUUGCACGUCCCAGAUUUGAGCGAUAGCGAUGAGAAGCUGGCUGUGGGACGCGAGGUUACGAUUGCGCUAAUCAAAGCCGUGGUUGAGAGUCGACGGAAGAAAGGCGUUGUAGAUGGGGUUCCAAGAGUCGCGGAUGGUGGUGAAGACGGAGAUGUUAAGGCAGGGACAGAUGUUAAUUUUGCAGAACAUUGAUAAAUGAGGAAGAAGAGGAAAGGGAAGAAGAUUGAUGAGGGUGGGGACUAGGGGCCAUAUACAAGACGUGGGAAUUUUCCUUUGUUACAAACCACAUUUUGGUUUGAGGCUCUUUUUGAUAUCAGUCAAGCAUAUAUUUUGAUAUCUCUUUUCAACACAGAACGAGCAUAUAGAAAUCAUUACAU